AUGGCUGCCACCAUGGGAGGACGACCGCCAUCCACCGACAACAGCAAACGCAAGGCCGCCAUGGACGUUGCUACAAGCCUCGGAGCGCAAGGUCCUAGGAAGCGAUCGAAACCAACCCGCAAGAAAAAAGGCGACCAGAUGAAGAAAGCCAGUGAUAUCUUCCGCUUCGUGGAUUUACCAGGCGAGCUUCGUGACAAUGUCUACGAGAAGGUCUUCGAGGGUCGCCCAACCAGACUACACCGCAACAGCGCCAACAAACCCCUAGCUAUAGAAUCAGGGCUCGCACGCUCCAAUCAUCCAAACAAGUGUUACCUCAUUGCCUUCUUCAAUCGACUCUCCGAAGCCCAGCUCGCCAAGCUACAGCCAUCAAAAGAAAAGACGCCAGCAAAGCGAGUUGUCAGAAUCGAGCUCAUGUUCGCCAUCCCAGCUGCCGGCAUCGAAACUCCAGCGUUCGGCUUCCCGAGAGAGGUCAGGCAUUUGCCGGCGUUCGACAACUGCUUCCCGCUCUGGUGGCCGAUAUCGAGGGACGUCAAUCCAGCGACUUCGACUGGAAGGCGAUUUCGCGAGGCGAGGAAGAUUUUCAAGGCCAUUCUCAAGGCUACUUCCGAAGACUGCACCAAAGUCCCAGAGUGGCGUGUCGGUGGGCUGAAGGAGGAUGUGGAAGGCGAAGAUGAAGAGUGUGGUGAUAGCUGA